CGCUCAGCAGUUAUACAACGUUCGAAAUGACGAGCGACACGCUUCGUACCAUUCUUGUUACCGGUGCUACAAGAGGGAUUGGUAGGACGUUCGUCGCCAUUCUUCUGCAGCAAACGAACGUACGAGUCAUCGCUGCCGUUCGUCACUUGCAGUCGGCAGACGCAAAAAGUCUCUCUGGUCUUCCACGGGCCUCUGGAACAACAUUACUAUUGGUAAAGAUCGACUCGUCGCAUCGUUUGGACGCACAAGCCGCAUUUGCCUCUCUAAAGAGGGACGGCGUCGAAAAGAUUGAUACUAUCAUUGCGAACGCCGGAAUCGCUCACGAAGGAGCUGAAGUCUCCGAAACAGAUCUUGAUGUGGUCGCUCAGCAAAUGGAGGUCAACCUUAUUGGUCCUUGGGCUCUUUUCAAGGCAUUCAAAGGCCUCUUGCACACGAGCACAGUGCCCAAAUUUGUCGCGUUGAGCACUGAAGUUGCCUCAUUAACGCUUCGCGAUAGCCUUCCACCCGUAAAGCUAUCCGCGUACGGUGCCAGUAAAGUUGCUCUCAACUACUUGGUCAAUCGUUUGGCUGCCGAAGAACCGUGGUUGACAUGCUUCGCCAUUCACCCAGGCGUGGUUAAUACAGCUCUUGGUGAUACGGCGAUCAAAUCCUUGGGCGGCAUCACCAUGGACAAUCUGCUGCAAGACGGUAGAGCAGUAACAAAGGAGGAGGCGGCACAAAGAGUUCUCGACUUCAUCGAAAAGGCCGACCAAGAGACGACAUCUGGCCUUGUCUUUAACUCUUCAGAUGGGAAAGUGAUCCCUUGGUAACGAAUGCGCAUGAAUGGCAGUCUUUAUUUUCUUUUGCCAG